AUGGCAUCCAAACAGCUACGAAUCGGCGUCUUCAUCCCCACAGGCGCCCAGUUCCUCGACGUUGCGACUGUCGAUGUGCUCGCCUCCAUGUCCAAAGAGUACCUUGGCGUGCUUCCCCACCUCCCGGCACAUAUCGCCGAACUGGCACCAAGCACCAAGAUCAUCUACAUCACAUCGCCGGAGCUCUUCCCGGACGUGCCCUUAACAGCCGACCUUUCGAUCCGGGCAACGCACACCUUUGAGGACGAGGCCGUGGCGCCAGGCAAGCUGGACAUUGUCGUGGUGCCUGGGCCGGACCCGAGCGCCACGUUUGAGGAUGGCGCGACCAAGUGGCUGAGGGAUCAGUUUCACGCCAAGGGUGUAGAUGUCUUGAGCGUCUGUACGGGCGUGUUCCUCUGCGGCGCGGCGGGCAUCUUGGAUGGCAAGACUGUGAGUGGACCGAGAGGGUUGCAGAAUGAGAUGGUCAAGAGAUAUCCAAAGGUGAAGCUGGUGGGAGAAAAGUACCGAUGGGUUCAAGACGGCAACCUAUGGUCAAGUGGCGGCGUGACCAACGGCAACGACCUCAUGGCUGCGUACGCCCGUGCGAGCACAAAGCACUGGCCUGGCCCCGUAGCCGAGAUGGGUGCCAUGUUGACCGACGUGGGUGACCGAUCUCAGAUCUAUGGCGAGGGACAGAGCAGGUUCGUGCUGGGAGUGGCUUGGCAGAUUGUCAAGGCGUGGUUCAUGAGCUUGGGGAAGGGCAAGGCGAAGGCGAGCUAG